GACCCAACGUCGUCACAUCUCCAUCAACUUUCGCAACACCCGCUCAUUCCACCCACCCCUUGCCCCCGUGUCCGCCCGACCACACGCUCCUGCAUCCGCCGCCGCAGCUCGCCAUCGGUCCAUUGACUCGCCCAAUGUCCUUCGUGCGCGCCUUCUCCAAGGUCAACCGGGUCGCUCUCCGGACGCCCGCCAGGCCCCUUGUUUGGUCCGCCCAGCGAGCUUUCUCCGCGUCGGCGGUGAGGUGCGACGACCCGCACGCUGAGGAGUCGUUUGAGGAGUUCACUGCCAGGUAUGAGAAGGAGUUUGAGAAGGUCAAUGAUGUUUUCGAGCUUCAGCGCAACCUGAACAACUGCUUCGCCUACGACCUCGUCCCCUCCCCCUCCGUCAUCAUCGCCGCCCUGCGCGCCGCUCGACGCGUCAACGACUUCCCCUCCGCUGUGCGGGUUUUCGAGGGCAUCAAGUACAAGGUCGAGAACAAGGGGCAGUACGAGGAGUAUCUCCAGGAACUCGAGCCCAUCCGCGAAGAACUCGGCAUCCCCCUAAAGGAGACCAUGUACCCGGAACAGAGCUAAACGGAGCAUGAACUACGCAUCCUCGACCGUCCCCUCCACUCAAAGCGCGCCCAUCAGCAUUUAAUGAACCGGUCGAUAAGAAAAACCUAAACAUGUGCGCCGGAUGAGCUCUCGCCAGCAUUGUACAUGUUUUCUCGCCCAAUUUCGAAUUUCACACUGUAGACGGCGCGUGUUUUUUGGGAGGAGAUGGAUGGGCUUAGGGAAUGCGUCAAGAUGCUGUAUCACUACUGUGGCACCUUCUUUCUUUGCUCUUUUUUUUCCUGUUACAGUGGGCGUGCGUUCGGAUAGAGGGACGGUGGUUGUCCAGUGCGUGCUGGGGAAUGCGGAAAAGGGGGCGAGCUAGAUGAGUGGGUAUGUGAUCAUACUACCUGCUUCUAUUGCUGUAUAUAGAGAAGAUUUUGGUUUCCGUUC